AUGACUGACGUCGAUGACGCACACAUCUCAGUGCGCUUCAAGCACGGCAUCCAUACCAUCUACCUCUUCAUCGACGCCCUCGCCCCCUUCUCCAACGUCACCGCCGAGCUUCUCAGCGUCCUAAACGAGCGAUACCCCCAAGGUUUAACCACCGCGAUCUCACCCUUCAGGACCACUCCUGUCAGCGCAGACUCAACCCUUGCGUAUGGCGCAUUAAAGGUCCCCAAUGAUCCCUCCGCGGGAUGGGUUAGACUCAAGACAGGUAACGAGGAGAUGACACCGACGAAGCUGGGCUUGAAAAACAAUAGCUUGAUUGCGUUUACAAUCUUGGACGAUGAGGAUGAUGAGCCCGAGUUUGAGGUGGAGUGGCCAAGAGAGGAUGAGGAGCUUUACGAGCAGGAAUGA